AUGUUAAUCAAUAACUUAAAGAAUAUCACAUUUUCAUCUGGAAAUCAAUUAAACUUUACAAUGAUUUCAAAAGAUUCCAAAAUUUCAAUGAACAAUUCCAAUAUUAAAGAUUCAUUUAAUCAAAUCAGUGCAACAAAAGUUGUAAAACCUUUCUGGGCUGAGAAACUACAGGAUGCACCUGCAGUGUUCAAUCUCAAUCUGACGGUUCUAUUUGAAGUGGCUUAA